CUCCCGAGUAAGUUCACGACCGACCGAGUGCCGACAGACGACGUUCUGCCUUAAUACAUCGCUGAAUUCUUGAUCAACCGCUGUCUUCCGCGAUAUUCCUAUUUCGCCACCGUGCGAUUUUAAUAGUCGCCCACACUGUCCACGAAUACGCGACGGGAAAUACAAUAAUAGAUCUUCCGAAAAUGGUGGUGAAAGUGUACAUGUCCGGCAUAUCGGGUAACAAGGAGGUGAAGAAACGACAACAGAGAGUCACCAUGAUAUUGGACAGCAAGAGCAUAACGUACGACCUGGUGGACAUCACCGAACCAGGGAAAGAGGACGAAAAGGCUUACAUGCAGACCAACAGCAAGACCAAGGACGGUUCAAAAAAUGCUUUGCCACCGCAGAUAUUCAACGACGAUGUUUAUUGCGGGGACUAUGAUGAUUUUGACACGGCUAAUGAAUUGGAUGAGUUGGACAAAUUUUUUGAUAUUUCUACUAAAAGUCCUCCUAAAGAAUUAAAUGGCUCAACUACUGUGGAAGAUGUUAAAGUUGAAACUACAAAUGAAGACAAUGACACAAAUGAUGGAACUGUAAAUGAAAAAGUAAAUGAAGAACAACAAGAACCUUUGACUUCUGAUGAUGAAGACAGUGAUAAUGAAUCGCUUGACACACAGAACAAAUUGAAAGAGACAACAGUAAGUCCAAAUUCCGUCCCACUUCCAGAUGACACAAAUGUAUUAUUGGAUGUUCCAGAAACUAAAAAAGAAUUGUUAUCAGAAACCGAAGAAGAAAUUGAAGAGUGAGAUUUUUUUAGCUACUCAAAAUAAAAAUGUACAAAAUUAAAAUAAUUUUUUUUGAUUUGCUGCCUCUACUCUAACAAGUUUUUUAUUUUAUUUUAUUUAUUUAUUUCUCUUUUAACAAAAGUUACUAUAUUUUUCUAGUUUGAAACUUCAAGUAUUAGAUUUAAUAUUAUUAUUUAUUUUUUUUUAUGUUCAAUACCAAAAUAAUUCCUUAAAAAAAUAUUGAAUGCUUAUGUUUAUGAUUGUCAUUUUUAUCCAUAACCACAUUAUAUUUAUAAUAUGUAAUUUUUGGUUUAUAUUCAUUGAUUCGUAUUCAGAAUAUUAGAACAAUCUUUAAAUGUCAAUUGAUAUUAAGCGAAUAAAUAAAUAAUUUUGCUCUAUAUUAUUUAUUUUAUUUUAUUUUAUUAUAAUUAUUAUAUUAUAUUUAUUUAUUUAUACAAAUACAUUUUAAGAAAUGUUCUUAUUUUUACCAAUAAUGUUUUAUUCAAUGUUACAAGUUGUACAAAUAUGUUUGAUUGCUGGAGGCAAUAAUUAAUUAUUGCCGGUUCAAGUUUAAUUACAAUUGCUUAUAAAUACAAAUUGUGUACCAUAUUGGGCAUGUUGUAUAUAUUAACUAAAUAUAUUUAUUUUUGAGGCUAUGUAUGGAUGCUUAUAAAACUAACCAGCAUUCAACUGUCUUAUUAUAUAACAUUUUACUUAAAAGUUAUAAUUUUAUAGAAAUAAAAUUAUUAUUAUUUAUAUAAUUUUUUUGUAACAAGUGUUUUUUACAAUAAUGUUGUACUAUAAUACUUACAGUAUUUCUGUUUUUAUGGACUUAAAAUGUAUAUUCAUCUUAUUAAAUACUUAUGGUUUUGAGCUUACUGA